AUGGACUCAUACAACGACACCGCGCCUGCACACUUCCCCGCUCUCCCAGAGGUACGCGCCGCAAUCCGCAAGCUGGAGGAGGAGCAUGCACAGCACGGUGUGCCCCUGACAGGGCGAAUCGUUCAUACAUGUCACUAUCUCCCCGUCGUGCUCUCCCUCUCCGGGCAUGGACCCAACCCCGGUGGACUCCUCUCCCCCCCCAAGACGCCCGACAUCGUCCCGACUCUGACGACGGACGACGGACUACGCAUGACCACCACGACGAUGCAUGCGGACGUACCCCUGCGCUCGGAGGACGAGAAGCUGCAGAACCGCUGGAGCAUCGCACCCCGUCGCGGGCAUACCGCGAUGAUCUCCGGUAUUGAGAGCCUCGCAGAUGCAGGUCACGAACAGCUCAUCGUCGCCUGGACUGGGGACGUGCUCGCGGAAGGCUCAGACGAUGUCGUCCCUAUCCAAGAACUGGACGACCAGGAGAUGAGGGACAUGGUCCACACCGUUGAGAAUCACCGAACUGCCAAAGGCGACAAGGUCAAAUAUAUCCCUGUGACGCUUGACGAGAAGGUCGCCCAUGGACAUUAUGAUGGAUAUUGCAAAACGACGCUGUGGCCACUCCUGCACUAUCUCCUCUGGCAAGACGUCGCCACCGAGACUCCGUCCCAGGAUGAGUUCUGGGAUGCGUACGUACAGGCGAACCAAGCGUACGCAGACGCCAUCGCCUCCAUAUACCAAUUUGGCGAUCUUAUCUGGGUACACGACUACCAUCUCCUCCUAGUGCCCAAGAUGCUGCGCGCGCUUGUCCCAGACGCCCAUAUAGGCCUGUUUGUUCACACGCCAUUCCCCAGCUCGGAAGUCUUCCGCUGCCUCCCAAGGAGGAAGGAGAUCCUCGACGGAAUGCUAGGCGCCAACCUCAUCUGCUUCCAGACCUACUCAUAUGCGCGUCAUUUUACGAGCACGUGCAUCCGCGUUUGUGGGUACGAAAGUGCCCCUGGAGGAGUGGACAUCCAGGGAAACCACGUGUCGAUCCAGUUCUGCCCUGUUGGUGUGGACGCAGAGCGCGUGGCGAAUGAUCGGGAUGCCCCGGGCGUCAAGCCUACGCUGGAAGCGCUCCUCCAGCUCUACAAGGGCAAGAAGAUCAUCGUAGGACGGGACAAGCUCGAUGUCGUCAAGGGUGUUAUGCAGAAGCUCCGCGCUUUUGAGAAACUCCUCAUCGACUUCCCCGAAUGGCAGGGGAACGCCGUCCUCAUCCAGGUCACUUCGCCCGCGCUGACCGACUCGCCCAAGCUCGAGCGGCAGGUGAGCGAGCUUGUAAGCCACAUCAACGGCGAAUACGGGAGUCUGGACUUCAUCCCCGUGCAUCAUUAUCACCAAGCUAUCAAGAAGGACGAGUAUAUGGCGCUGCUCUGCGCUGCUGAUUUGGCGCUCAUCACCCCGCUCCGCGACGGGAUGAACACCACCAGCAUGGAAUUCGUCAUCUGCCAACAGGGCGGCAAGCAGUCUCCUGUCGUCCUCUCCGAGUUCAUGGGCACGAGCGGGAACAUGACCGCUGCCUUACAGGUGAACCCCUGGAACUUGGGCGACGUGGCCCGCGUGAUCAACCACGGGCUGACGAUGAGCGAGUCGGAAAAGACAGAUCGCCAAGCGACGCUCUACAAGAUCGUGAGCACUCACACGUCCCAUACCUGGGCUGCUGUGCUCGUCCGCAUGCUCCUGAGCCACAUUGGCCACGAACACACCGCUCACCAAACACCCUACCUCGAUAUCGAGCGUCUCCGGUCCUCCUAUCACAAAGCUACCAAGCGCCUCAUGCUCUUCGACUAUGACGGCACGCUCACCCCGAUUGUCAAGACCCCCUCUAUGGCCGUCCCGUCCACCGCUACUCUCGCUGCCCUGCACGCGCUCAGCUCCGACCCGCGAAACCUCGUAUACAUCAUCUCCGGGCGUGACGGGGCUUUCCUCGAGCAGCAUCUCGGCCACUUAGAGCGCAUCGGUAUGUCCGCCGAGCACGGGUGUUUCAUGCGCGAGCCCGGCGCAGCGGACUGGACGAACCUGGCCCAAUCGCUUGAUAUGAGCUGGAUGAAAGAGGUCGCCGAGAUCUUCCAGUACUUUACCGAGCGCACGACGGGUAGCUUUAUCGAGAUGAAAAAAUCUAGCAUCACUUGGCAUUACAGGCAAUGUGAUCCCGAGUGGGGCGAUUUCCAGUGCAAGCAGUGCCUGGAUCUGUUGGAGAGUAACCUCGCGCCCAAGAGACCGAUUGAGGUGCUGGUGGGGAAGAAGAACCUCGAGGUUAGGCCGAUCGCUAUCAACAAAGGAGAGAUCGUCAAGCGGAUAUUGUACAACAACCCCGAGGCCGAGCUGGUCUUCUGCGCUGGGGAUGAUAAGACGGACGAAGACAUGUUCCGCGCUCUUAAGCUCUUCCCUCUCGGAGUGACGUCAGUGACGAUGCCCCCUCCUGUAACGGCCUCGCUCACCCGCCCUCCCUCGCCCUCCGGUGGGCCGGCAAAACCCUUCGAACCAGUCAAGCUCUCCCUCGGGCCUGACCGCGUCUUCUCCACGGCGGUUGGUCCGAGCGGGAAGAAGACCUUUGCUCAAUGGCACGUUGAGAGUCCUGAAGAGGUCGUAGCUGCGAUGCAGAAAGUCUUGGCUUGACGGCUCCCUCCGCUCCGGGGGGAGUUCUUCGGGCAGGGUCGCGCAGCCCGGGAGUAGAAUUAGAUGAGAAUUGUUUUCUAGAUGUAUAAGGGUUAUGGUUGGUAUGUAUAUGCUGCGCCCUGGUGCGCAGCUCAGAAGGAACGACACGAUGACGAAGCAAUACUAACCGGAUUCCGGAUGUCAGAUGCGAAGAAAGAAAGAAAUUACCGAACUAACCUUUUUCGAAUUCUCAUUUUUCAUGUCUUAUCGAUUCCUUCUGCUGCGUAAGCAUUACACUGAGCUGCUUUUGGUAUCUGUCUGGUAUCCGUGUUUGUGUUUCGGAUGUUUCGGCUCAUGUUGUGUGGG